AUGGCCCGCGGACAGCAGAAAAUCCAGUCGCAACAGAAGAACCAGAAGAAGGCUGACGCUGCGCGAAAGGCUGGAAUCGACCAGAAGGCCGCUGCUGCCAAGGUAAAUUUUCAAAUUUCGUAAAUCUAACAAACCUCUGCUCGCUGCAGGCUCUCAAUCAUAAGUGCACCGUCUGCCUCGCCAUGAUGCCUGAUCCGAAGACCUACAAGCAGCACUUCGAGAACAAGUCAGAAAAUAUCUUAUUUCAGUCCGAAAUGCAAUUUUAAUUGGUUGUAGGCACCCGAAAAGUCCGCUGCCGGCCGAGCUCGCAGACGCUUAA